UUUUCUGCAUUUUUUUUUAUUUUUAUUUUUUGAACGGAGCGGCGAUGGUCGUGAUGGAGAAAGAUCGUUUGGUAUAAAUGGAAAGGAAAUGUUAUUUUGAUUUGUGAUAAAACCUGAACUGUGUUAAAAAUGUCUCAAUCAGAAGUUGAAAUACCAGAAAUAAGGGUCAAAACUGCUUAUAAUGGAGGUAUUAUGGUGACGUAUAUUGAACCAGGUAUUACAUUGGAAGGAUUAUGUAAGGAGAUGAGAGAAAUUUGUAAAUUUGAUACAAAGCAACCAUUUACUAUGAAAUGGGUUGAUGAAGAAGGUGAUCCUUGUGUAAUUUCAUCUCAGUCAGAACUUGAUGAAGCUAUUCGUUUAUAUGAAGUUAACAAAGAUUCUGAAAUCACAAUUCAUGUAUUUCCUAGUAUUCCUCCAGCACCAGGAUUACCUUGUCCAGGAGAAGAUAAAAGUAUUUAUCGUAGGGGUGCUCGAAGAUGGCGUAAAUUGUAUCGUAUAAAUGGUCACAUAUUUCAAGCUAAAAGAUUUAAUAGGAGAGCAUUUUGUGCUUAUUGUCAUGACAGAAUCUGGGGACUAGGUCGUCAAGGAUUCAAGUGUAUCAAUUGUAAAUUAAUGGUGCAUAAGAAAUGUCACAAAGUAGUGAAGUUAUCAUGUACUGGAGUUAUGGAUCAAACAACUCAAAAUCAUCUGGAAUCUGUUUCUUCAAUUCCAGCACAAUCUCGUUCACAAAAUUCUAAUGCUGCUACAAAUGGAGAUGCUGAAACCACUUCACUAAUAAGAUCAGCAACUCCAGCAGCUAAAAAACGUCAUUCACAAAAUAAAGAACUCAGAGAAAGUAUAUUGUCAGAUAUUGAUGUUAUAAGUGGAGCUGUUCAAGAUGUUGAUCAAAUAUCAAAAGAGUUAGAACCAUCUGAUUCUCGUCAAUACACUAUUGAAGAUUUUGAUCUUUUACGUGUUAUUGGAAGAGGUUCUUAUGCUAAAGUUUUAAUGGUUGAACUGAAAAAAACAAAUCGAAUAUAUGCUAUGAAAGUAAUAAAAAAGGAAUUAGUGACAGAUGAUGAAGAUAUCGAUUGGGUUCAAACAGAAAAGCAUGUAUUUGAAACAGCUUCCAAUUAUCCAUUCCUUGUAGGAUUACAUUCCUGUUUCCAAACUCCCAGCAGAUUAUUUUUUGUGAUUGAAUUUGUUCGUGGAGGAGACUUAAUGUUCCACAUGCAAAGAAAGCGACGUUUACCAGAAGAACAUGCUAGAUUUUAUGCAGCCGAAAUAUCUCUUGCAUUAAAUUUUUUACAUGAGAGAGGUAUUAUUUAUCGGGAUUUAAAAUUGGAUAAUGUAUUAUUGGAUCACGAAGGUCAUAUAAAACUGACGGAUUAUGGAAUGUGUAAGGAAGGUAUCAGGCCAGGUGAUACUACUAGUACAUUUUGUGGAACACCAAAUUAUAUUGCACCAGAGAUUCUUCGAGGUGAAGAUUAUGGCUUUAGUGUAGAUUGGUGGGCAUUGGGAGUUCUUUUAUAUGAAAUGUUAGCAGGUCGAUCUCCAUUUGACAUUGUUGGUGCAGCUGAAAAUCCUGAUCAAAAUACAGAAGAUUUUCUGUUUCAAGUAAUCUUGGAAAAGACUAUAAGAAUUCCUCGAUCCAUAUCCGUUAAGGCACAAUCUGUUUUAAAAGGAUUUUUAAAUAAAAAUCCAGUUGAAAGAUUAGGUUGUCAUCCACAAACUGGUUUUGCUGAUAUUACUUCUCAUCCAUUUUAUAAGAGCAUAGAUUGGGAAUUGUUGGAAGCUAAACAAGUUACACCUCCAUAUAAACCAAAAUUAGAAACUGAUCGUGAUUUGGAGCAUUUUGAUCCACAGUUUACAAGUGAACCAGUUCAGCUGACACCAGAUGACUUGAAAGUAAUUGAUAAAAUUGAUCAGUCAGAAUUUGAAGGAUUCGAAUAUGUAAAUCCUCUUCUCAUGUCAAUGGAAGAUUGCGUAUAGAAGUAAAAGACAAGAAUAGUUUUCUAAUUAUUUAGACAGGAUCAAAUUUAUUAAAAAUUUAUAGCUGUAUUCAUAUAAAGAAUAAGUAAUAAUAUUUCCUAAUACUAGAGUAUUGUGAUGUACAAGUAUUUAUUUUUACAAUUUAACUAAAUGAAAGAUAAAACUGCUUUAGUUUUAUUGUUUUAAAUAAUUUAAAAUGCAUUUAUUUUAUAAAUAUAUGUGGGCAUAUGAAUGAUGUGAUACGAGCAUAUACAAACACACACAAAGAAACACAAUAAACAUACAUACAUAUAUAUAUGUAUGUAUAUAUAUAUAUUAGUAUAUUACAAGUACUUUUUAAUCUUGUAAAUACAAUAAAAGAUAGAAAAAUUUAAUUGAUUCAAUAAAUCGGAUGUUAAAUGUUUGCAACAUUUUUUACUAUCACUAUUGUUGUUUUCAAUGGCAUUAUACAUAAUUUGUUUUUGAUAUAAUUAUUUUGUAUUUUUGCUAAUUUCAUUCCAGAUGAUAUGGAAAUAUUAUAAAAAGCUUAUAAUAUAUAUUUAUUCUCAGGAUUGGCACUUAUACAGUUGUCACAAAACUCUGUACUCAUUGUCAAUGUAACUAUUGGAAGUGUGCCAAAAUUGAUAAUGAGUUUGUUUUUAUAAGAAAGUUCAUAUUGUAUAAAUAUGGUUAUAAAGACCGAGAGUUGAAACAGCUGACUAAAAAAGAAAUGAAAUUAAUUUGCCUGGAAGUAUGGACUUUUGUGACAUUGUACAAAUGUUUAUAUAAAAUUUCCAGUGGAUCAAAUGAAAAUAAUACCAAAACAGAAUGUAAAUAGGGACCAUGGUGUAUCAUUGUUUUCUUAUCUAGGUAUCUAAAUUAGAUGUGAUAAUGUGUUAUUUCUCAUUACAAACAUUUUGUAGAUAGAACAUAAUUUAGGAUAUUAGUUUUAUUGAUAUAAAAAAAGCAAUUUCUAAGUUGUAUUUUAAUUAUUCAUACCAUUGUAACUCUUGGAUAAUUUUUGAAAAAUAUAAUGAAAAACCUCAUUAUAAUUAAUUAAAUAAAUAUUAAUAUAUCAACCUGUAACUUUGUUCACUUAUCACAAUAUGAUUAGCUUGAAAAAACAAGCAAAACUCUUGAAUUUUAUAGAAUCUGUAUCAAUUAUUAUAAUAUACAGAGGUUUUGAAGUAAUGAAAAGCCUUAUGUAAGAAAUUUUUUUAUAAUGUGUUUAAAAGUGAAAGAUGUUAUAAAUAUAUAUUAAAGAAAAAAGAUGCAAAUUGCAUAUU